UUUGGAUUGAUACCUGUCACAUUCGGUUCAACUCCUGAACCUGUCUGGUAUAGGCCUCUGUUAGUGGUGUCCAGGUGAAAUUCACGCGUUCAAAUUUUCGAGUCGCGAUCUGGUUUUCUGAUCGAUCUUCUGUGUCUUGUUAGGGCAUUUAUGCGAAUUCUUGGUUGUUGGAAUUUUGACGAUGGCCAGGAACCUUCUGGCUGCUUUGUCCAGGAAGAAGAGAAACAUAGAUGGGGCUGAUAGUCAACUUGCAAGAGUGUUGAAUCUUUUCGAUCUCAUAGCAUUAGGGGUUGGUGCAACUUUAGGUUUAGGAGUGUAUGUCUUAGCAGGAUCAGUGGCGAAAGAUGUUGCUGGACCAGCUGUAGCUAUUUCAUUUCUUAUAGCUGCAUUUGCUUCUGCCAUUGCCGGUUUAUGCUAUGCAGAAUUUGCAUCCAGAGUGCCCAAAGCAGGUUCAGCUUAUGUUUAUAGUUAUGUGAGCGUGGGAGAAUUUAUUGCGUAUGUUAUUGGAUGGAAUCUCAUUUUGGAGUAUGUAAUCGGAACAGCAAGUGUGGCCAGAGGUUUCACGAAUUAUUUGGAUACUCUAAUUGAUCAUAAAAUCAAUAGUACAUUGACAGAAUGGCUACCAAUACACGUGAAUUUCUUAUCUUCUUAUCCUGAUUUUGUGUCAUUUUUCCUUGUCAUAAUACUCACAGUUUUACUUGGUGUUGGUGUAAAAGAGUCAACAAAGUUCAACAAUGCUUUUACUGUUUUGAAUCUAGCUACAUUAGCUGUUGUGCUUGUAGGAGCUGGAAGUAGAGCUGACACUGCCAACUGGCAGAUUCGCAAAGAAGACAUACCAGAUUACGUUAAAAAACCAGGAGAAGGAGGUUACUUCCCCUAUGGCUUUGCUGGUAUUAUGGCUGGAGCUGCCAAAUGCUUCUAUGGCUUCGUAGGUUUUGAUGCCAUAGCUACCACAGGCGAAGAAGCCAAAAAUCCUCAACGUGACAUACCACUGGCUAUCGUCGUAUCGUUGCUCAUCAUUUUCAGCGCUUACUUUGGCAUUUCUACCGUCAUAACUCUGGCGUUGCCAUAUUACGAGCAAGACAAAGAGGCCCCCUUGCCUGUGCUUUUUGACCAUCUGGAGUGGCCUGUUCUAAAGUGGAUUGUAACUGUUGGUGCAAUGUGCGCCCUAAGUACAAGUCUCUUAGGAGCCAUGUUUCCUCUACCACGUGUGUUGUACGCUAUGGGAGAUGAUGGUGUAAUCUUCAGGGGUUUGGCCACGGUUCAUCCAAGAUUCAAGACACCGCUAUUGGCUACUGCGAUCUCAGGAUUGCUGGCAGGAAUAAUGGCAACCAUUUUCAAUUUGGAACAGCUGAUCGAUAUGAUGUCCAUAGGAACUCUCAUGGCUUACUCGAUCGUUGCUAUUUGUGUCUUGAUUCUUAGGUAUGAACCGUCCGAUAGCAAUAAAAAAUAUUUAGCAAACUUGGAAAUGCAGAAUAAAGAUCUUGGAUUUUUUUCGCUUUUCAAGUUGGCAUUCAAUUUGAAUAACAAUAAGGAAGUGAGUUUAACUACAUCUUUGUUGGCCAAAUGGGCAAUCGCAUUUUUCAGUCUUCUAUCUGUUGCGUUCUGUUCUAUCUUGGCGUCUUCAGCGAAUAAAAUUAGACCAUCUGAACCACUAAUAUUCAUUUCCUUCAUUUUGGUAUCAGUAGCUCUUCUGGUCAAUAUAUGUAUAAUUGGACGACAACCUAUUGAUGACAUACAACUUUCUUUCAAAGUUCCUUGGGUUCCUUUGGUUCCAUGCUUGUGUGUAAUGAUCAACUUUUAUUUGAUGCUUGAACUAGACUGGCAAACUUGGGUCAGAUUUGCAGUUUGGUUGGCGAUAGGUUUUGUUAUAUACUUCUUUUAUGGCAUAAGCCAUAGUACAGAAGGCCUCCGACAAGAAAAAGAACUUGAAAUUUCAAGGGACAAUGGGAAUAAAAACAAUGGACAACAUUCAAAUGGCGAACAAAAAAUAUCAUCGUACCUUUGAGUAUUUUUGUUUUGUAUUAUGUUGAAUGACUUACUCAAUUCCAAAAGAUUGUGAUACUUCUUUACUAUAACACUUUAAUUUAUUGAUUGAUAUAUUUUUGAAUAUAAGAUUAAAAGUA